ACGCCUAAAACUAAAAAAUAUCGCUUGGUACUCUGGUAAUAAAUUUGACAAACAAAGCUUGAUGAAGAAGAAUCACAACUUGUUCUUAAACCCUCCACUAGAUUCUUCUCUUCAUUUCCCUUCAUUUACUGAUCCUCACCCCGUAGAUCUCAAACCCUAGGGUUUUCCAUUUUCUCUCACCUCCGAUAUAAAUAGAGAGAGAGAGAGAAAAGAUUUAUAUCUAGAGAGAGAGUGGGGAUGAAGAUUCAGUGCAACGUUUGUGAGGUAGCGGAGGCGAAAGUUCUGUGCUGCGCGGACGAGGCGGCUCUUUGCUGGGCGUGCGAUGAGAAGGUUCACGCCGCCAAUAAGCUCGCAAGCAAACACCAGAGGGUUCCUCUCACUAGCUCUUCCUCGCAAAUGCCUAAAUGUGAUAUCUGUCAGGAAACAGUUGGCUAUUUCUUCUGCCUGGAGGAUCGAGCUUUACUUUGCAGGAAGUGUGAUGUUGCCAUACACUCAGCAAAUGCCCAUGUGUUAGCUCAUCAGAGGUUUUUGCUGACUGGAGUAAAAGUAGGGCUUGAACCUACUAAACCUGGUCCGUCAUCUUCCUCAGGAAGUCGUGCUGGUGAUAAAAUCUCAGAAAUCUCAGAAAUGGAAUCUCGUUCUCUAUCUAGAAGGGAUAGCCCGAUGUCAUUGGCUGGUCAAUAUGACAAAGCAUUACUUGGCAAGGUAUUACCCGUGCAAGCUAAUGGUAUUAUAGAUUUUGUGCCAACAAAGUUGCCGUCUGCUGGUGGUUCUUCAGCUGCAAGUAUCCCACAAUGGCAGUUAGAUGAAUUUCUUGGGCUAACUGAUUUUAAUCAGAAUUAUGGCUACAUUGAUAAUGGCUCAUCCAAGGCUGAUAGUACCAAGAGUGGAGAUUCUGACUGCUCCGCCAUAUUAAGAGCUGCAGAGGAAGAACUGGACUGUGACGACUGCUUAGGUCAGGUGCCAGAUGCAUCCUGGUUGGUGCCACAGAUCCCUUCCCCACCUACAGCCUCGGGGCUUUACUGGCCAAAAAAUUAUCAGAGCCCACCUGACUCUGCAGUCUUCGUGCCUGACAUAUGCGUCUUGCCCACGCAGAACUCACACCAUUGUCAACCAAACGGCACAAGCUUAAAAAGGCGAAGGCAAUUCUAAUCCAUCUGCCUAAGCUCCUUUGUACUGUGGGAAAUGCUGUGAUGAGGGUGGCUUUCGUGGGUUCACAACCUCAUCACCGUUGGAUCACGUGGCUGGCAUCAUCAGUUGCUGUAUCCAACGGUGACGAGGUUGAGAGCUCAAUGAGGGCGCCCUCAACAGAGCACUGCUCUUCUGCUGUUGGGAUACCUCGUAAAAUAGCCUGUGCUUAGUCAUCACAGUAUCUUUUACUUCAAUAGUUAAAGUUGUGCUAGACAAUAGCUUGUGCUAUUAGUCUGUCUCCACAGUAUCUUUUAUCUUCAAUAUUCAAGUUGUUUGAGCUACCACCUGUGUUAGACACUUUCUCUGUAAGUAAUAAUUUCUCUUACCUGUC